AUGGCCGCUCCUGCUUCUGUUGCGGAGCCCCGGGUUAAGCCCACCAAGCCCGAUGAGGAGGCCUACAAGGCCAGUCUCGCCCAGGCCGAGGAGGAGCACACCGCGGCCCAAAAGAAGUUGAAUGAAAUCAAGGCCAAGUUGGACAACGCUAAGCCUAGCAAUGAGGACUCGCCGAUAGUCCAGAAGCAGAAGGAACUCCGCGCUGAACUCUCCGCCAUCCGCGCCAAACAGUCGGGCUUCAAGUCUUCCCGGUCUAGCACUCAAGAGAAGAUCAACGCUCUGGAUGCAACCCUGAAGUCCCGCAUUGCGGAACAGAACAAUUCGCGCGGUAAGAUGUCGUUCAAGAAUGUCGAGGAGAUCGACCGUGAGAUCGCUCGCCUUGAAAGCCAGGUUGACUCCGGCACCCUGCGAUUGGUGGAUGAACGCAAGGCUCUCUCGGAUGUUUCCAACCUGCGCAAGCAGCGCAAGGGCUUUGCUGGUCUCGACGAGGCUCAGAAGGGAAUUGAUGAGCUGAAGGCGCAGAUUUCCGAACUCCGCAAGACCCUGGACAACCCUGAGGCCAAAGCCCUGAGCGACAAGUACGCCGAGAUCCAACAGGAGCUGGACGCCAUCAAGGCCGAACAGGACAGCGUCUUCAAGAACCUGAACGCUCUGCGUGACGAGCGCACCAAGCUUCGCAAUGACCAGCAGCAGAAGUAUACCGCCAUCCGGACAAUCAAGGACGACUACUUCAAGGCCCGCCGCGCCUACAAGGAGCAUGAGGAUGAGAUGUGGCGCCUCCGCCGUGACCGCCAGAAGGCCGAGCGUGAGGCCUUUGAGCGUGAGAAGCGUAAGAAGGUGGCUGACAAGAAGCUGGAGGAGGCUUCUCGUCUUGCCUACACGGACGAGAUCCUGACCGCUCAGGGUCUGAUCCGCCACUUCGACCCUGCCUACGACUUCGCUACUCUCGGUCUGGAUGAUAAGAAGGAUGAGGCCAGCAACUUCCGCGCCGGCGUUGGCCGUACCGUUGACGACUCGGGCCUGAAGGGCAUGAAGGUCAUCCGCAAGGAGGACCGCGAUGACGACUACUUUGCCGGCACUGGUGGCAAGAAGGGUAAGAAGGGCAAGAAAGGUGGUGCCGCUUCGGAGGCCGGCAAGUUCAACAUGAAUGUUGGUAUCAUCGAGGACUUUGCCAAGGUGAAGAUCGACCCGCCCAUGAAUCAGUCCGAUGUGUCGGCCGCUGUGGAGAAGCUGGCUGCGAAGAUCACCGAGUGGAAGAAGAACCAGGCCAGCAAGACCGAAGAGAACAUUAAGAAGGCCAAGGAGGAGAUUGAACGCCUGGAGGAGGAGGAGGCAAAGGUUGCCCAGUCCAACGGCCGCAGCACCGAUGCUGCGAAGAAGCCCGCUCAGGCGAAUGGCGCCCCUACUGCCGAGGCCGAGCUGAAGCAGGAGAAUGACGCGGUGGCCGAUGCCGAGGAGGAGCUGCAAAAGGCCUCGCUGGAGGAGAAGGAGUAA